GGGCGUGUCCGAAAAUUGUGUUUACGUACUUACGCUUGCCUGCAAAAGGCGACAGGCGACGUCACAGGCUCUGACGAUGGACUCUGCCACGGUUCCCCUGCUGGACGACGACACGGUCGAGUUCGGCGAUGAGGACGUUGUCAAGGGUAGAUUCAAGCACCCGUACGUGACCUUUUUCCACUUGGGGUUCAGAGGCGCGGCCCUGGUGACCUACCUGCUGUGCGGAUGGUUCAGCAGCAGCUUCAUCGCCAGCUUCGUCUUCAUUGUACUGCUUCUCUCUCUUGACUUUUGGACGGUCAAAAACGUGACCGGACGUUUGAUGGUCGGACUCCGCUGGUGGAACCACAUAGACGACAACGGCGAGAGCCACUGGGUCUUCGAGUCUCGAAAGGCCGCCGAGCAGGGACGUGUUGACCCUGCUGAGGUCAGGGUCUUCUGGAUCGCCCUGGUGGUCUUCCCAGUUCUCUGGGCCUUCCUCUUCAUCAUUGCCCUGUUUGGCUUUAAGUUCAGAUGGCUUCUUUUAGUUUGUAUUGGAUUGGCUCUGAACGGUGCCAACCUGUACGGCUACAUCAAGUGCAAGGUUGGCGCAAAUAAGGACCUUACACUGACUGGCUUCACAAACACUUUCAUCAGGCAACAAGUUGUACAAAAUGUUGUCGGAAUGAUGAGCAAAUCGCCACCCCAAACAGGCAACAACACAAACGUCAUCUAAUGCUGUGAUCUCUUCCAAAUUUGUGUUACGUCUUGUCACUGUAAUUUAAUUGUAUUUAACUAAAUUUAAGUUGCAUUCCAGUAAAUAAUUUUGAAAUUAUUGAUUACCAUA